AUGCCUUUUCACCGCAUGUUUAAGUAUUAUGGAAGGGCUUUGAGAGAAACUAAUGCUAUAACGGCCGAGCAGAUGCAUGAAGUGGCCAAAUACUGCAUGAUCGAUGCUCUUAGCUGUCAGCGGUUAAUGGUCAAGCGUAAUGUAAUUAAUGAGUACAGGGAGGUUGCAAACAUAGCAUUUAUUUCAUUAUCAGAUGCGCAUUAUUUUGCAAUAGGGAUGAAAGUGAGCAAUCUUUUAAGUGCUAGUGCAUGGCGGGAAGGGGUUUUAACCAGUAUAAUUUCAGAACGAACGGAAACAGAAUCAUUCCCAGGUGCCUACGUCUUCCCACCAAUAAAAGGACUCGAAAAUAGACGUCCUGUAACUGGCUUAGACUUUGGAUCAUUAUAUCCGAGUCUUAUUAUGACUUACAACCUCUCACCCGAUAAAAUCAUUUUAUCUCGAAAACAUGCUGAGUUUCUGAGAGAUAGUGGCAAAACGCUCCAUGAAAUUAAUUUCAAAUUCAAUGGUAUUGAUGUUCUAGCAUGGUCUAUAAGACAUAAUAACAUCCCUGAAGAAAAGGGUCUCUAUGCUAUUGUGCUGGAAUAUUUGUCUGUUAAACGGGUUGAAAUAAAAAAACGUCUCGCUCCUGUGAAAGAAAAAAAGAAAGUCAUGGAACUGGUAAUAGGUUUAAUGGAUAAAGAUUUGUCACUAUCAGAAGCUAUCGAGCACGUUUUAGCAAAAGCGGAGGAGAAAAACCAUGCCAGCCUUAACAAAAAUCUAUACCAUUUUAUUAAUAAAGAAAAGCAUGAAUUCAUGGCAGAAUAUGAUUCAGUUUGUUUUGAAUAUUCUUGCUUAGAUGCAGGACAAAAUGCAAUUAAGGUAUACAUGAACUCAUUUUAUGGUACAGCUGGAGAUAGUAAGUCCCCUUUCUUCUUGCGUGCACUUGCUGGAGGCGUCACAUCUACUGGGCGGAGAAAUAUCAAACUUGUUGCAGAUUUCGUUAAAAGCAGGGGUUUCCAAAUAAAAUAUGGAGACACUGAUUCCUUAUAUCUUGUCUGUCCAGAGGAGUGUUUUCAGGAAUGUGAUGAGCUAUAUGACUAUGGUAAUGGGAUUCCAAAAGAAGAAUAUUGGUCUCGAAUGGUGGAAAUCUCUAUGGGGGAAAUAGAGAAACUUCGUGAUGAUAUCAAUGACUUUCUCAAGGCAGAUAACGGAUCCCCUUAUCUUAAAAUGGCAUAUGAGGAAGUCUUAUUCCCGGUAGUAUUUACUGGAAAGAAAAAAUACUAUGGUAUCCCACAUGAAAGCAAGCCGAACUUUAAUAAAAAGCCUUUCAUUCGGGGGGUUGAAAUUGUGAAACAAGGUCAUUCUACUCUUUUCUGCAAAAUAGGAAAGCAUAUUAUGGAUGAAUCUAUGAGGCUGGAAAAUAGUCGCACUAUACAUCAAAUCAUAAAGGAUGUUCUUAGGGGAUCUGUAAAGGAUAUUUCUCGGACAGAUCUUAAUGAUUUAAUUAAAACUGCUGUCUGGAAACCAGACAAAGAUAAUAAGUCUGUCCAGCGCUUUAUGUCACGAAUGCGGGAUAGAUAUACUCGUGAAGAAGCAGACGCCAAACGGCUCAUAAAAAAGGGCCUAACACCCAAGCCUUAUCUUUAUGAAAUCCCAGAACCAGGCGAGCGGUUUGAAUUUGUUGUAGUUGAGAAUGAUUUAUCACAGAAGGUAGGUGAUAAAAUGGAGUACCCAGAAGUGGCCAGACAGCUUGGUAAAAAGAUCGAUAUUAGUUAUUAUCUGAAUAGUGUUGUCAGCCUCUGUGCACGUUUUAUAAAUUAUGAAGAUAUAUACCAACCAUCACCCGAAGCUGUGCUGGAAGCCUUAAAAAAGUUAAAAGAUGCUAAUAAAGCAAAACAUAAUGGAGUGAGUGGUGAUGAUAAAGCAGAUGCUGGUGUGGCGGAUGAAGACGACCUGGACGAAGAGGAUGAAGACGAAAUAGAUGAAGAUGAGGUAUCGAAAAUAAGAGAUGCCUUAGCUCAGAAAUCAGCUGAAAAAUGGGUUAGAGGGUAUAUCAAAGAGCUACAUACUGGUCCGAAAAAAAAUCAUGCCAUUAUAUCCCAUCUGUGGAAAGAGGCUAAUACUUAUGCGAAAAAUUUAUUUAAUAGCACAUAUGCUGAUAAAAUAGUAAAAUACUCGGGAAAUGAUGUUUAUUGGUCUUCCUAUCUCAAUGCACUAGAUAAGCAAGAGGAAUCCAUCCGCUUAAAGCUAACAACAUUACUCGCAGAAAUUUCUAAGAUCGAUGUUGGCUGUAGAGAUAGAAUGUAUAAAUUAGUUACUAAACCCGGUAAGCACAAACCUAAAGCCAUGACCUUAGAAAAAUAUAUAUUAGCAUAUAUUCAAGAAAAUGAAUGUGCAUUAUUAGCUGAUUUGCAGAGCAUAUGGUACAAAAUGGUUGGUCUAGAAACCACACGCUAUCGGAUGUUAUCGAAGCUACAGGAUGACAAAAAGAUAACUCGUCUGAAGCGGAUAUAG